GACCAAACCAGAUGAGUCACGAGACUCGUGGAAGAUCUUCUCAGUGCCAUGAUGAAUUCUGUAUUAUCCCUGCUGAAGAACCCUGUGCUUGUUGCAGUCAUUUUGGUCACAGGUAUCGGGGGAACCUUCCAAUAUGGCUUCCACAUUUCCGUCCUCACUGCACCGUCAGCCUACAUUAAAGAGCUGGUGAACAGCACAUGCAUUCAGAGAUAUGGCCUCUCUCUAGAGCACUGGCAACUCUCGCUUAUCUGGUCCUUCAUCGUUUCCAUGUACUGCAUCGGGGGUCUGUUGGGCGCCCUGUGUGCCGGGCGAAUCGCGGUAACCUACGGCAGGAAGAGAUGCCUCAUGCUGAACAACUUGGUGGUCGUCUGUGGAGCUGUGCUGAUGGUGCUGAGCAAAACAGCACGCUCGUUCGAGAUGAUCAUGGUGGGACGGCUCGUCUACGGCAUCGGCGCAGGCGUGGGUCUGACAGUCCACACCAUGUAUGUCCUGGACUGUGCCCCGAAGAGUUUAAGAGGGAUGGUCGGUGCUACUGUGGGCAGUUUCGUCUCACUGGGGAAGUUUUUUGGCCAGCUGCUUGGCCUCAGUGAGAUAAUGGGAACAGAAGCUUUGUGGCCUUUUUUGCUGGCCUUUAGUGCCUUGACUGGUCUUCUGCAGCUUGUCUGUUUGUACUUCCUGCCUGAGUCUCCACGCUUCCUGCUCUUAAACCGGGGAGACAAAUCUGCCUGUGAGAAAGCUCUACAUCAGCUGCGAGGUUCUCAUGCUGACUGCAGAUCAGAGGUGGAGGAGAUGUUAGCAGAGUGUGUGACCGUGCAGACUGUGAGGAACCACAGCGUGCUGGAGCUUUUGCUCGCCCGCUCUGUCCGCUGGCAGCUAUUCACCAUCAUAAUUACCUUCAUCACACUGCAGUUAUGUGGUAUCAAUGCUGUUUAUCUCUAUGCCUCUGAUGUGUUCCGAGCUGCAGGAAUCCCAGCACACAACUUGCGCUACGUGACUUUGGGAACAGGGUUGUGUGAAUUCUCCACUGCAGUCGUCUGUGGGCUGGUAAUUGAGCACACAGGGAAGAAGUUAUUGAUGGUUCGGGGUUAUGUGAGCAUGUCUGUUGCACUGCUCCUACUCACCCUUACUCUGUACCUGCAGGUGCACGUGUCCUGGAUGCCGUACUGCAGCAUGGUGCUCAUCUUCGUCUUCAUCAUCUCCUUUUGCAGCGGACCCUCUUGUAUAACAGCACCCCUGCCUGGAGAGCUUUUCACACAGUCCUUUCAGUCAGCAGCGUACACUGUGGCCUGUACUCUUAACUGGAUGGGGCUGUUCUUUGUGGGAAUGGUGUUUCCUUUAAUAGUGGAGCAUUUAGACUAUUUCUGCUUCCUCAUCUUCUUCGUAUUCUGCUUUUUCACUGCUGUGUUCGUGUGGUACCACGUACCCGAGACGAGAAACAAAUCCGUAAUGGAGAUCACUGCCGAGUUUGAUAGAAUGCACAACAAAGCAAAACACUCAGAGACCAACCUGAAAGCUCUGAAAGACGCAAACACACAGAACGGCACCAGGCUCUGAUUUCACAACCUGUUAAAUGUGCAACAUGUAGGUGGUUUAGACGGCUGAUAAAUAAUACACUGUAUACUCUGAGUGUGCUUCUCACUCACACAUUCAUCCACUCAUUCAACCACUAAUGUAUCCACACAUUCAUCCACACACUCAUUUAUACAUGCAUCCACUAAUGUAUCCACAAAUUCAUCCACUCAUCCACACACUCACUCAUUCAUUCAUCCAUUCAUCCACACACUCAUUCCUACAUUCAUCCACUCAUUCAUCCAUUCGUCCACUUAUUCAUCCACUAAAAUAUCCACUCAUUCAUACAUUCAUCCACUCAUUCUCACACCCAUUCAUCCACUCAUUCAUACCUUCAUCCACUCAUUCACACACUCACCCACAUCUCAUUCAUACAUUCAUUCAUCCACUAAUUUAUCCACUCAUUCACACUCUCAUUCAUACAUUCAUCCACUAAUUUAUCCACUCAUUCACACACUCAUCCAAACACUCAUUCAUACAUUCAUCCACUCAUUCACAUGCUCAUUCGUCCAUUCAUCCACUUAUUCAUCCACUAACGUAUCCACUCAUUCAUUCACUUAUUCAUACAUUCAUCCACUCAUUCACACACUCACCCACAUCUCAUUCAUACAUUCAUUCAUCCACUAAAGUAUCCACUCAUUCAUUCACUCAUACAUACAUUCAUCCACUAAUUCUCACACUCAUGCACACCCUUAUUCAUACAUACAUUCACACACUCAUUUAUCCACUCAUUCAUACCUAAGGAUAAUUUGUAUAUACGGUCCACUCAUUGUUAUGUUUUUGUGCGGUUGGAGGAAGUAGGAGAACGGGGAGGAAACACACACUGACACUGAGAACAUGUGGAAAUCCGGACAGUAUAAUCAUGCUCUUAGAAAACAAAACUUUUUUUACAGACUACACUUUGGUAGUUCAUGAUCACCACCACUAGGUGGCAGCUAAACAAAAAAGACGCCAUUUAUGUUUGUUUUUGUUUGAACAUGUUACUUAUGUGAGUCGCAGUUCAAUAAUAACCCUCAGGUACUCAAAUCCAGUCCUACAGCUCAUCACGAAUUAAACUCACACUCACAACAGGCUUUAAUACAUUAUUUAUCUGCAUAAUUAUUAGCUUCUUCUUGACAACUGUCCAUUAACAGACAAUGAACUGGGCCUGGAGUUGGAUCUGGAUCAUCUCCAUCCUCAACACAGCAGUGGCAUCAGCUAUCAUGGUUAAUGUACAUGGUGUUCAUGGUACGAGUGUCACUGCUGUGUUGAGAAUAGUGUGUUCUUGCUGUGCUUUCUAGAUAAGGCAAUCUCCACGUGCAAACCGUGCAUUCUGCCCAAAUUACACUCACACACCCACACCCAUCUCACGCACUGUCAGUGUCACUGCUACACUGAUAGCACACACACACACACACACACACACACACACACACACACACACACACACACACACACACACACACAGAGACACACACAUGCACACUGCAACACUAUAUCAGCUCAAUAGUGACACUAUGGGGGAGUUAUUAGGAAAUAAAAAAGGAGCUGUGAUUAUUUUAUUUACUGGACAAAUCAUUAUUAUACCACAGUGAUGAUGAACUCUUGAAUCUGAUUGGUCAGAAGGUUUAUUGUUAUUUUCAACAGCAGCUAUGGCAGUAAAUUGGAUCACAGGUUUAUAUGAAUGCACAAGUGUUAUUUCUAGGACUUGCUUCACUUAUAAAAAAUUUAUACUUACUGUUGUGGUUUAAUUUUUUGUUAAGCGAUAUUUAUAUAACAUUAAUGGAAGGAUGUUUUCAAUGUAUUAAGGCUUAUUGUCUCAAUUAAAGUAAGCAUUUAACCAGGUGGACAUGCUACUGGAAAAUACUGGUCUUACCCAAAUCAGUGGAAGUUAAACAGUUGAUCAUUUUAAAUGUAACCAGGUAUUAAAAAGUAAAUGUUUUUAACUGGUGUGAUUACAUUAAUAACAUGAUUUGCUUAAAAACAUUAUUCCACCUCGAACAUGUAACUUUACAAUAUUUGAGACAAUGGACAUUGUCUCAAAACAUCUUAACAUAAAAAAUAUAGAACAAAAUAAUAAGUUUAAUAUACAAAAAUUCAAGAUUAAUAUUAGAAUUAUAUUUAAAUGUGUUUGUAUUUAUCCCCAAUAAACCUGACUGAGGUGACUGUGGUGAGGAAAAAAUGUCCUUAGAUGGAAAAGGAAGAAACCUUGAGAGGAACCAAACUCAAACGUGAACCUCAUCCUCAUUUGGAAGGUGUGAUUAUAAAGUGUUAUAAACACCGGAGACUGUUAUUAUGAAUAAUGUCCUUUCUACAGUCAGAUACAGUCCGACAAUUGUUGUAUAGAUGAGGAGGUUACUGUCCUCAAACACAACAUGGAGUUUGUAACUUCUCAUUGAAGGUCAGAAAUCUUCAUGAAGUGCAACACAUCCUGAGCUGGUACAAUCUCUAGAUGCCUCGAAAUGGGUAGAAAAAGAAAAGCAAGUGGAGAGGAAUUAGUGUAGCUGCUGUUCAUGAUAAUAACCAGCACUAGAUAGAUAAUGUGCAUGUAAUCAGAUCUACUUGAGAACAGGGUUAUGGGAUGUAUUAUGUGUAUGUCUGGCUAAAGAGAUAUGUCUUUAAUCUACAUUUAAACUGGGAGAGUGUGUCUGAGCCCUGAACACUGUCAGGAAGGAGAUUCCAAAUAGUCCUGUGUUUUUGUGUAGCACCAUGGUCUUAGACAAACGUAUGAUUUUAUGAUGCACUGUAC